AUGGCGAAGCCAACAACCCGAUACUGCCGAAAGGAUUCGGGUAUUGAAUUAGACGAUAGCUACGAGAAGACCUCCUUCCUCACCCUCCCAGCCGAAAUCCGUACCCAAAUCUGGAGCCUCGUCUUCGAUCCAGAGCAAAGCUACAAAGACGCCUUUUCAUGUCCCAGAUGCACUGAAGAAGCACCCUCAGCUCUCCAAGAAGAUUACUGGGCAUCGAUAUACCUCCAACCCUUACUGACCUGCCGCCAAUUCUAUCAAGACGCCCAUCUCCUCGCUUUCUCCCGCACGACAUUCGUGAUCCGUAACCCGUAUACCGUCCUCGACAUCUCGGGCCGCAUAAACUCGACCCUCCGUCCUGCCCAGAUAGCCUCUCUUCGCAGUGUAGCCAUCAUCUCCGAAGCCCGCCAUUUCCGCCAGAUGCACUAUUGGAAGACUCAUGCGUUUGGGAUACCUGCUCUUCAGCUUGAAGACAUGACGAUUAUCUUGCACAGGUCGUCGUACUGGCAUUACUUGUUCGAUUUCAAUGUCAUGAUGACACAGAUGCUGAGGAAUUUUAGUGGCGUCAAGAAGAUAUGCUUUGUGAGGAAUCAUGCAAGAGUAAAGCCGCAUUUUCAUACUUGGUUCAACAGGUUUGUGGGAGCGAUGAUGAGGUUGGAUAGGGUGGAGAGGUUUGGGAGGAAAGAGUGUCGGGCGGAGAGGACGUGGUGGAAUUGGGUUUAUGAUGGGAAUAAGCAGAUUGCGACACUGAUCAAGGUGCCCAGCAAAGAUGCGAGGUGGGAUGUUGAGACAUAUGAUGAGGUUAUGGCGCCCAUGACGGAGUGGUUGAAGAAGAGUAUGGAGGUGGAGGAAUAUGAUCCGGAUCCGAUGUCGAGGCUUGGGUUUGUUUAA